AUGAGAAACCAUUCCUCUGUCACAACAUUUAUCAUAUUGGGAUUGACAAACGACCCACAACUAGAGAUUGUGGUUUUCAUCUUUCUGUUUAUCACAUAUUUGUUAAGUGUGCUUGGGAAUCUGAUCAUAAUAGUUCUUAUCUUGGUGGAUUCUCAUUUAAAAAUAGCUAUGUAUAUUUUUCUUCAAAAUUUCUCUUUCUUAGAACUCUCAUUCACUACUGCCUGUGUCCCCACCUACCUACACAUCAUUAUAAGUGGUGACAAGACCAUCUCUGUCAAGGCCUGUUUCAGUCAAAUCUUUUUUAUUGUCCUCUUUGGAGCUACAGAAUUUUUUCUCUUGGCUGCGAUGUCCUAUGAUCGCUAUGUAGCUAUCUGCAAACCCCUGCAUUAUGCGACCAUUAUGAACAGCAAAGUCUGCAGAAAUCUCAUCAUCUGUUGUUGGGUAUUUGGCUUAUUGAUUAUUUCCCCACCCCUUGGCUUGACCCUAAAUCUGGAGUUCUGUGGUUCUGUUAUUGAUCAUUAUUACUGUGAUGCUUCUCCAAUACUCAGUAAUUCUUGUUCAGAUACUUGGUUCAUAGAGCAACUGGUUGUUGCCUGUGCUGUGCUGACUUUCAUCCUGACCCUUGUGUGUGUGGCUGUAUCCUACAUCAGCAUCAUCCGGAUGAUUCUCAGACUGCCCUCUGUUCAGCAAAGGAAGAAAGCUUUCUCUACUUGUUCUUCUCACAUGUUUGUGGUUUCCCUCAGCUAUGGCAGUGCCAUUUUUAUGUACAUAAAACCUUCAGCUGAGGAUGAAAUGGCUAUGAAUAAGGCAGUUUCUUUGCUGACUACAUCCAUUGCCCCUUUAUUGAACCCUUUCAUUUAUACCCUGAGAAAUAAGCAAGUAAAACAAUCUUUUCAUGACACUCUGAAAAGAUUUAUACCUCAUACUGAAAAGUAG